AGGAAUGAAUUAUUACUAUUUUCUCUUUUUGAUUAUUCUGCUGACGAAAGUCACUGACUCCGAGUUAGUAACCGUCUAUAAAUGGAAACAAGUUAAUUAUACCCGCGAUUCACUGAAAAUUUUCGAACACUACAACAUGAGCAAAGCAGUGCCAUAUGACUUUGAGAAAGCUGAAGAUGGCCGUAUUUUCCUCACUGUUAUCGCAACACCGUAUGUUCCUAUGAGCCUGACAACAAUCACAAAUCAGUAUGAGGAUUACGGCCCUUUACUUGCUCCGUAUCCUAACUCGACGUGGUUUUUGGAUUCGAACAAUUGCAAUAAUAUUACUAAUGCUCGUUCUAUUACGAUAGACAGUUGCAAUCGUCUCUGGGUAUUAGACACUGGACGCAUUGAUCACACGCAGAUCUGUAACGCUAAGCUACUGGUAUUUGAUCUACGAACUGACCGCUUAAUAGAAAAGCAUGAAAUACCAAAAGAUAUUUCACAAGAUCAAAAUGGCAUGGGAGUUUUAGUUACGCCGAUUGUUCAUGUCGAUGAACAAACUUGUAAACUCAAAACUGUAUAUAUGGCGGAUUCCGAAGGCUACGCAUUAAUAAUGUUUAAUGGCACGAAUUUCGUACGUUUAACGGGGCCUGAAUUUGAACCAGUUGACAAUGAAACGCAUUUCAACAUUUCCGGCGAAACGUUUACUUUGCACGGCGGAAUUGUGCCGAUGGACUUGGAUCAUAAUUCAAAUUAUUUGGUAUUUGCUCCCCUAGCGUCACGUAAUUUAUUUGCUUUCAAUGCCACCUUGUUGGCAGAGGUAUUUCACGGAAGAGAAAAACCGGAAGUAGAAGCUGCUUACGAAGUAUUGCGGAAGCAGCCGACAGCUUUCCGAUGGACGAUCGAUGGAAAAGCUCUGCUGGUUGCGCAAGCAGAUAAUACAAUUAGUUGCUGGAAUCAUUCGAAAUCGCCUGAUGUAGGAAAUAUUAGUUCUAUUAUUAUUGAUAACAGAAGGCUUCAGUACGUUAGUAGUUUGAAAAUUUAUCCGGAAUCGAUAACUAAUGGAGAAGAAGAAUUAUGGGCUCUUUCAAUCCGAUUACAAAAAGUUAUUAAUGGAUCGCGAAAACUUGAUGAAAUCAACUUUAGGAUGAUGAAAGCUUCAAUUAGAAAUCUACAAAGGGACUCAAACUGUUGUGUCGAUAAAUUUUAGUCGAAGUUCAAUAUACAAUGAAAGUAAUGGAACGGUACUUAGAACUCUCGGAUAUUCAAAUGAUUUUAACGUUUUAAUUAUUGUCAAACUGACAAUAAUUUGGACGGUCGAGAAAUUCUCAUAAAAGGUAGAAAGUGUGAACCAUAAACGCAAUUCAAUUGGAAUA